CAGUGGGGCUCGCGUUGGCCUCGCUUCCCGGCGGCUCGCCCGGCAGCCUGACUGGCCUGGGAGACGCCCCGCGCCCGGGCCGGGGGCCCCGGAGGGCCGCGAUGGCCUGAGAGCCCGAGGCGCGGCGGCCGGAGUGCGACAUGGGGAACCAGGAUGGGAAGCUGAAGAGGAGCGCAGGUGAUGCCUCCCACGAAGGCGGCGGCGGCGCGGAGGAUGCUGUUGGGCCCAGGGAUGUGGAGGCCACAAAGAAGGGGAGCGGGAGCAAGAAGGCUCCGGGCAGGCACGGCAAGGGGGGCGGCGGCGGCGGCGGCGGGGAGCCCGGCAAGAAGAAGGGCAAGUCGGAGUCGAGAGCCUCGGUGUUUUCCAACCUCAGGAUCAGGAAGAACCUGUCCAAGGGAAGAGGCGCCGGCGGCUCCCGCGAGAAUGUGCUGGACUCCCAGGCCCUGCAGACCGGGGAGCUGGACAGCGCUCCCUCCCUCAUCACCAAGACCCCGGACCUCAGCCUGUCCGCGGACGAGACCGGCCUGUCGGAUACCGAGGGUGCCGACGCCUUUGAGGUGACCCGUCCGCGUGGCCCUAAGCAGGCGGAGGCUGGGGUCCGGAGCCAGGCUGUCGCCGAAGAUUUGGAAACUGCGGCAGGGGCGCAGGAUGGACAAAGGACCAGUUCGGGCUCGGACACGGACAUCUAUAGCUUCCACUCGGCUACGGAGCAAGAGGAUUUGCUCUCAGACAUCCAGCAGGCGAUCCGCCUGCAGCACCUCCAGGGCGCCCAGGGGCCAGCAGUGUCCCCCGUCGCCACCUCCCCACAGCCCGGGGCCUUCCUGGGCCUGGACCGAUUCCUGCUGGGGACCAGCGGCGUGGCUGCGGAGGCCCCGGGCAGUCCGGACACCGAGCCGCCGCUGUCCGCGCUCUCCGACCUGCCCGAGAGCCCGGUCGCUGAGCCCCCGGUGCCUGAGCCACCGCCGCCCCCCAGCGGCCGCCGAGCCUCGGAGGCGCCCGUCCUGCCGGUGGCCCAGCCCACGGCCGUGGACUCAUCCUCGUCCACCGUCUUCCAGUUUCCCGAGGUCGGGCCCGGAGAGGGUGCGGCCAGAGCCCCUGUGCAGAGGGCUGGGGACACGGAUGAGGACGGCGAGGAGGACGCUUUUGAGGAUGCUCCCCGCGGCUCUCCGGGGGAGGAGUGGGGCCUGGCGGCGGAAAAGGCCUCGCAGGGGGUGGGGGGAGAGCCGGGGGAGGGGGCGCGAGGGCCCUGCGCUCCCGCGGCCGCCUCCCUGCCGGGCAGCCCGGCCCCCAGCCCGCGCUGCGCCAAGCCCUACCCGCCCGUCACCCCCUGCUACAUCAAGACCACCACCCGGCAGCUCAGCUCGCCCAAUCACUCCCCGUCGCAGUCCCCCAACCAGAGCCCCAGGAUCAAGAGGCGGCUGGAGUCCUCCCUGAGCCGGGGACCCAGAGCUGCCUUCGCCUCCGCGGCCGCCCCGGCCAAGAAGCACCGGGCCGACGGCGGCCUCUCGGGCGGCCUCAGCCGCUCUGCCGACUGGACCGAGGAGCUGGACGCCUGUGCGCCCCGGGCGGGAGGCUCGGCGCACCUGCUGGAGCGCGGGGCGGCCGCCGACAGUGGGACGCCCCCCGACGGUGCGACGCCCCCGCCGCUGGCAGCCAAGGCGUCUGGGGCGCAGGCGGCCGCGGAUGGCUUCCAGAACGUGUUCACGGGACGGACUCUGCUGGAGAAGCUGUUCAGCCAGCAGGAGAACGGGCCUCCGGAAGAGGCGGAGAAGUUCUGCUCCCGCAUCCUCGCCAUGGGUCUUCUCCUUCCCUUCAGCGACUGCUUCAGGGAGCCGUGCGGUCAGAACGCCCAGUCCAGCUCGGCCCCGUUCGACCAAGAUCAACUUUACACCUGGGCUGCCGUUAGCCAGCCCACACACUCACUGGACUACACAGAAGGGCAGUUCCCCAGGCGAGUCUCGUCUGCUCGGCCACCACCCGACUCUCCUGGCGAAGAACGCAGGCCCAAGGAUGCUGAGACAGAAUCCCAAUCUGCUGUUUUGGAAACUCUGAAAAAUUGUUCAGACGCUGUUCAGCAGGAAGUUGCAGACAUGAAGUCUGAGGGACAGGCGACUGUAAUUCAGCAGCUGGAACAGACCAUCGAGGAUCUGAGGACCAAAAUCGCUGAACUAGAGAAACAGCAUCCUGCUGUGGACGCGGGCCUGGCCAGCGGCCCACCCGGGGUGCGGAACGGGGUGGCGUCCUCGGAGGAGGUCCGCCUGGAAGCUCUCAGGUUAGGACAAAAGGAUGUACAGCCUCAGCGGAUUUUACGGGCACAGUCCAUCCAGACGUCCCCAACAGAGGAAGGGGGGCUACCGGCACUGCCUUCUGUUACUACACUGCCCGAGCGUCCCUCUUGGCCACCAGGGGCUGAAAGCGGAGUCGCGGCUGUGCCAUCCCCACCUGCGGGACCUCAGACAAAAUUCUGUUCGGAGAUUUCUUUGAUUGUGUCUCCAAGGCAAAUAUCAGUGCAACUCAGCGCACAUCAGUCCACGCAGCCUCCGCCACCUCCACCCCUGCCGCGGCCAGACGGUCGGGCAGAGGCGGCCUCUGGGUCGUCCCAGCCUUCCUUUCAGACUCAGCUUGACAGCAGCCACCAGCAGUCCGUGUCAUCGCCCCCUGAGGACAGCCCGAAAGUCCCACCCCCGCCGCCUCUGCCUGGCACUGGGUCUUCCAGCUCCAUGCCUGGCCUGGGCAUGGUGCCUCCCCAGCCUCCUCCCCUCGGUACCGCAGUCCCUCCGCUGCCGUCUAUGCCCAGUACAGAGAUGCUGCCACCCCCUCCCCCUCCUCUUCCUGGAGUGGGGAUACCCCCUCCCCCUCCUCCCCCUCCUCUUCCUGGAAUGGGGAUACCCCCUCCCCCUCCUCCUCCUCCUCUUCCUGGAGUGGGGAUACCCCCUCCCCCUCCUCUCCCUGGAGUGGGGGUACCCCCUCCCCCUCCUCCUCCUCCUCUUCCUGGAAUGGGGAUACCCCCUCCCCCUCCUCCCCUGAUACCCCCCCCUCCUCCUCCUCCUCUUCCUGGAAUGGGGAUACCCCCUCCCCCUCCUCUUCCUGGAGUGGGGAUACCCCUCCCCCCUCCCCCUCCUCUUCCUGGAAUGGGGAUACCCCCUCCCCCUCCUCUCCCUGGAGUGGGGGUACCCCCUCCCCCUCCUCUUCCUGGAAUGGGGAUACCCCCUCCCCCUCCUCUCCCUGGAGUGGGGGUACCCCCUCCCCCUCCUCUUCCUGGAAUGGGGAUACCCCCUCCUCCUCCUCUUCCUGGAGUGGGGAUACCCCCUCCCCCUCCUCUUCCUGGAGUGGGGAUACCCCCUCCCCCUCCUCUCCCUGGAGUGGGGAUCCCCCCACCUCCUCCCCUGCCAGGUGUGGGUAUUCCACCUGCUCCCGCUCCUCCUCCUGGUCCUGGAACAGGCGUCCCCUCACCCCCACCUCCACCCCCACCUGCUCUGCCUCCGGGAUCUGGCCCUCCACUCGCCCCACAAGUUGGGGGUAGCACUUUACCAGCACCACAAGUGUGUGGAUUUCUUCCCCCUCCGAUGCCAACGGGCUGGUUUGGCUUAGGAAUGAGCCAGGACAAAGGGAGUAGGAAGCAGCCCAUAGAGCCUUGCCGGCCAAUGAAGCCUCUGUACUGGACGAGAAUCCAACUGCACAGUAAAAGAGACUCCAGUGCUUCGCUCAUUUGGGAAAAAAUCGAAGAGCCAUCCAUAGACUGUCAUGAAUUUGAGGAAUUAUUUUCUAAAACUGCUGUGAAGGAAAGGAAGAAACCUAUUUCUGACACCAUCACAAAGACCAAGGCUAAACAAGUUGUCAAGUUAUUAAGCAACAAAAGGUCACAAGCAGUUGGAAUAUUAAUGUCUAGCCUUCAUUUAGAUAUGAAAGACAUACAACAUGCUGUUGUGAACUUGGACAAUUCUGUGGUUGAUCUGGAGACUCUGCAAGCUCUCUAUGAGAAUAGGGCACAGUCCGACGAACUGGAAAAAAUUGAAAAGCAUGGCCGGUCCUCCAAAGACAAGGAGAAUGCCAAGUCUCUGGACAAGCCUGAACAGUUUCUAUAUGAGCUGUCCCUGAUCCCCAACUUCUCCGAGCGAGUCUUCUGCAUCCUGUUCCAGUCGACAUUCUCAGAAAGCAUUUGCUCCAUUCGCCGCAAACUGGAAUUGCUGCAGAACUUAUGUGAGACUUUAAAAAAUGGCCCGGGGGUGAUGCAGGUUCUGGGUUUGGUUCUUGCCUUUGGCAACUACAUGAAUGGUGGAAAUAAGACUCGGGGACAGGCAGACGGUUUCGGAUUAGACAUUCUCCCGAAGCUGAAAGAUGUCAAGAGCAGCGACAAUAGUAGAAGCCUUCUGUCAUACAUUGUUUCCUAUUAUCUUCGGAAUUUUGAUGAGGAUGCCGGAAAAGAACAGUGCGUUUUCCCGUUACCAGAACCACAGGAUCUUUUCCAGGCUUCACAGAUGAAGUUUGAAGACUUUCAAAAAGAUCUCAGAAAACUGAAGAAAGACUUGAAAGCCUGUGAGGUUGAAGCGGGGAAAGUGUACCAGGUGUCCUCAACGGAGCACAUCCAGCCCUUCAAAGAAAACAUGGAACAGUUUAUUGUUCAAGCUAAAAUUGACCAAGAGGCAGAGGAGAACUCACUAACAGAGACUCAUAAAUGCUUUCUGGAGACCACAGCCUAUUUCUUCAUGAAGCCAAAAAUUGGAGAGAAGGAGGUGUCCCCAAAUGUUUUUUUCAGUAUCUGGCAUGAAUUCAGCUCUGACUUUAAAGACUUUUGGAAGAAAGAGAACAAACUCAUUCUACAAGAGAGAGUUAAAGAAGCUGAAGAGGUGUGUAGGCAGAAAAAGGGAAAAUCACUGUAUAAAAUAAAACCAAGACACGACUCUGGAAUCAAAGCAAAGAUAAGCAUGAAAACAUGAAUACAGAAGAGCAACGGAAAACGAGCCCCUCUCUAACUACUUACAACUCGUUCCGCUGACCUGAAGGCGGGAAGGAAACUACAUCAUCUUGAUCAUUUUUCUUCUUUACCUCUUGCAUAAUCUUUGUGUUUUCAAGACAGUUCACCAAUGGUUGAAUUUUACUGAACAUUCAUAUACAAAUGCAAAAGCAGUAGACCAGUGGAGAAUUUGACACCUUUCCUUUUUGUAAAAGUUUUUGGUAUUCUACCGAGAGACCGAAACCGCAUGUGUAAGAGGCGGUGUCCGCAUUAAUUCCGAACAUGCUCACGUGUCCCUAAAGUUUACCUUUGUGAGAAUAUUCCGUACACAGCACAAUUCUUUCCUUUCUACCGACAGCCAGUACUCCACGUUGCUGCAUUUAGAUUUAUGGUUAAAAUGUUAUUUCUAGUGAAUUAUAUCGGUUUCCCAUCUACGUAUACAUUUUCUGUUCUAAACUUUAAGUGCUAUUCAUGUGUCAUAAUUGAGGCUUUCCCAACUUUUGGAGUUGCUCUCCAUAAAUAUGUUUGUGAAAGAAGAUGAUCAUUUUUUUAAUUCAUCAAGGGAUGGGUAGAAAAAAUAGAUAGAAGGAAACCCCUUUCCUGUGAAUCAUUGAAUAUAGGCAGACAUCAGAGUUCUGUUUAUUGAGGGCUUUUAUCAGACUGUCCAUUGGAGACCCUGCAUAAAACUAAUCUGUAGCAGAAGGACGUAAAACCAAAGGCCUGCGUCUCUGUAACUAUGCCAUUGCUUUGCACAAAGAAAAUAGGACUCAGUCUUUUGAAGGAAUUUAACUAAAUGAUGCUCAUAAAAUUGCCAAACAUGACUCAUUUUUGGCCAGGGAAAAAAAGUAACUUCUUGGAUAGAUCAGCAACUUGUUAGUUAAACACACCAGCCUGAAUAUUUUAACGUCAUAUACUGGGGUUGUCUCUAUGUGUUACAGCAGGUGAUUAAAAGCUGCGAAAUGGGUAUGCAGUGAUUCAUUAUCUGAAGAAUCCUAGGGAAGAAUUUUAUGGUGUGGGGGGAAAAUUAAAUCUCCUACUCUUCUGAGGAUACUUACAGUCAGCUUAUGACGCAUUGUGAUGGUUUUAGCUGACAUUAAUAGGUGUGGGGGUUAUGGUGGUUAAUACAGAGGAGAAUUUAUUGCAAGCCAAUUAUGGAAAGCAACUCAAAAAGAGAAUGUUCUGACUCAUAACUAUGUAUUUAUGUAAAGUACGACCAUUUACCAUUUAGUUUGUCAUUUAAGUGCUAAGAAACAUCAGUGGGUUUUUGGUUGUAGAUUUGUAGCCUUCCUGUCUUCUUCACUCCCUCCGAUGUGUAUAUUAAUAUUCUUCAAUGAAAAUAUA